AUGAGCGAGCGCUCACCUCUCCUGGCCGCAGGCAAGGGCGCCAACGGCGUUAACGGUCAUGCGCACCGAGAGCCGCCGCGCGAGUACGACAGCAUUAUCCCUCCGAUCCCGCACCACUGCCGGGCGUCCGAGGAGAGCCAACGGCGGCAUCACAACCUCGCCGGUCUCUCAGCAUGGCGGUUCCGGCUGACAUGCCUGGCGCUGUGGAGUGCGACGUUCCUCUCUGCGUUCGACAGCACGGUCAUUGCUACGCUACUGGCGGACAUCGGCUCCUCGUUCGGGGCGUUCCACCUUGCCUCGUGGCUCGGCACGGCUUACCUCCUCAGUCUUUGCUGCUUCACACCAAUCUACGGCAGGCUCUCGGACACGCUCGGCCGCAAGAACACACAGCUUAUUGCUGUGGGCGUGUUCACGCUGGGAACGGCGCUGUGCGCAGUCGCAAAGGACAUGUACCAGCUUAUUGGCUUCCGCGUCCUCGCCGGUCUCGGCGGAGGAGGCCUUACGUCCGUCGGCAGCAUCCUCCUGUCCGAUCUCGUCGAUUUACGGCAUAGAGGACUCUAUCAAGGCUACGCAAAUUUGCUAUAUGGACUCGGCGCGGCACUGGGCGGCCCGGUAGGCGGCUGGAUGGCGGACCGCUGGGGCUGGCGCUUCGCGUUCAGCGCGCAGGUACCCCUGCUGCUCGGCUCGCUCGUGCUCAUCACGCUGUUCGUACCCGGAAACGUGGGACAGAGGGAGGAGGGUCCAUGGCUGGCACUCUUGGCUCAGAUCGACUACCUGGGCACUGCGCUCCUGGGUGUGAGCGUCGGCGCUCUUCUGCUCGGCGUCUCGCUCAAGACGGCGGCCACGAAGACGGACGGCAGCGAGUUUGGAUGGACUGACCCGCUCAUUCUGGGACUGCUGCUUGCGUUCGCCGUGUCGCUCGUCCUCUUCCUCUUUGUCGAGGGCAAGUAUGCGGCCCAGCCGGUCCUGCCGCUCGGCAUGAUGGCGCGCCGCACGCCCUUCUUCGUUGGCCUCGCGAAUCUCCUAAUGGCCAUGGCCGUCUUCAGUAUGCUCUACAACGUGCCGCUGUGGUUCGUCGCCGUCAAGCUGCAGAGCUCGUCCAGCGCUGGCGUCCACCUGCUCCCGUACAGCGUGCUCAUUGGGUUUGGCUCGCUCAUGGUCGGAUGGUACAUGCGCCACGCAGGACGAUACUGGGGCAUCAUGGUCUUCAGUGGAUCGAUCGUCUUUUCGAGCUGCCUCAUGCUCCUCUCGUGGUGGGUUGGCAGCCCGGACUGGAUUCUCUGGGUCGCCCAGUCGCCCGCCGGAUUCGGAUACGCCGGCGUUCUGACCAGCACGCUCGUCGCGCUCAUGACCGACGUGCAGCGCGAGGGCAAGGGAGAAAUUGCCGUCGCCACCACCAUGACGUACAUGUUCCGCACGAUCGGCCAGGUUCUCGGCGUGUCCUUCAGCAGUGCGCUGCUUCAGGCCUCGCUGGACGGAUACCUUGGUUCCUCGUCGCUGCCUGCCGAUAUCGCGGAGCUCGUACGCAAGAACACGGGCGCAAUCCGCCACCUGCCCGCCGCUCAGCGCGAUAUCGCCAUCAACGGGUAUUCGUACUCGCUGCACCGUGUCUUCAACUUCAACGCCAUCCUCGCUGGUCUCACUGUGCUCGCGCUGGCUGCGGUUGACAAUGUCGACAUGCCUGAGCGCCACGACGGCAGCGACGAGGACAGCGAGUGA